GCUAAAGCUCAUAAAUAAAAUAAAAUAAAAUAAAAGGAAACCCACUUCACGUAUAUAUAUAGGAACUUCUAUACACGUAUUACGGAAUACUUCUGAAAGUUCUUAGAUAUUUUCCUCUCUUUCCUAAGAAUAAAAAAAAAAGGGAGAAAGCAUAUAAAAUUCUUCAAGGAAGAGAAUAGCUGGAGAAGACAUAUAUACCCUAUAUAGUUGACGUAGAACCAAAGAAAAAAAUUAGGAAAAGGAAAAGGAAUAGAACGCCGGUGUAAACUUUGGUUCAAUCACUUUCACCGGAGAAAGCUGCUGGAGAGGUCACCGCCGUCACUCUUCACAACCAAGGAACGAUGCCGGAGAGAAGAGGAAUGUCAGAUACUUCAUGUGAUCUUGACUGUUCCGGGAAGAGAAAUCCCCCAUCCUGAUCAUCAACUGUUGUCAUCUCCGGACUACAUACCCAGGCUAGGUUUACAACUAUAUACUCCGUAUAUAUUAAGAGGAACAACAGGAAUAAUGGUUCCAUGCUUCGGAGGAGAUUGUGGCGGAGAAUAACCUGAGUGAGAAGGGGCGAUCAACUCACAUACACCAUUAACUCGGAUCGGUUACCACUUUCACAAUAAUCCGAGAUUUGUAGGUCAAGGAAACUUUGAAGACAUCUUGGGUCCUAUCUCUCCUUUGGAUUCGCCUGAGGCUUGAGAAUCAUAUUUUAUUUUGUUAGUUGCUCAUGAGAUUUCUCUUCAUCAUAAAAUUCUACUUUGGGCCUGCGUGCCAAAAUGUCAUUUGAUUUUACCAAACUUUUAUCAUUUAAUUUACCGUUGUAUCACUGAACAUUUACUCAAUAAUUAUUAUAUUCUUCUUUUAUAUGGAAUUACUUAGUGUGAUGACAUUGAAUGCCUUGCAUGACCUGACGAGAGGACUAAGAAGAGUACUCUUGUAGGGUUGUGCGGCGGUUGUUGACGCUACCGGGGUCGGUCCGGGGCGUGACAGUCUGUCUAUCAGAAGACCCCAGAUCAGAAAGUCUGAAUACUAUCAGAAGACCUCAGAUCAGAAAGCCUGUAUAUCAGAAGACCUCAGAUCAGAAAGCCUGUCUAUCAGAAGACCACAGAUCAGAAGGUCUGAAUAACUAUCAGAAGACCCCAGAUCAGAAGGCUUGAAUACUAUCAGAAGACCUCAGAUCAGAAAUCUCAAAAACUAUCAGAAGGUCUCGGACCUAACCAACGGAGAAGACAUCACAGACAAUCUCUUAAACUACAACAGACGACUACCUCAACCAGAGCCCAGAGGUAGAAUCACUUUAACAAAAGGAGUCAGGAAUCUACGCAUGCAUGCAACUACGACACAUGGUGAUUCAAGAAAAUCUUGGGAAGCAACAUCAUUAAAUUGGUAAGCUCCUCCAACCAAUUUUUCUCUUUUAUCUAUGCUGAUUUUAUUCUUGAAAAGAACAUCAAGCCGUAAUUCCAUUAAUACGCCUUGAUUUCUCAACCAAGAAUCCCAAACGAUGCAUGCAAGUAUAAAUAUCCAGGUUAAUCCUCAAAUAAACAAGCAUCUUUUGAAACCAUCCCUACUAAAAGAUCCUCUUCAAACACACCUUAAGCCAAAACACUCUAAUGGCACAUCACAGACUCAACCUAAAUCUCUCCUUAGGCCCCCCAAAUGCUCCUGAUAAAUUCAUCAGUGACCUAGAGUCAUGGAUAAUAUACACCACUGACAAGGAUUCUCUCGACCAAGAAAGAAAGAGAGUCCUAAAGUGGAGGUAUUGGAGACACGCUCCAAUCGACCAACUUCUUCUUAUGGCACCCCUCAUCCCAAAAGAAGAAGAAUUUGCUCUCCAAUGGUUGGGAGCAAGCUCCAUAGAAGAAGCCCUUUCCCAGGAACUCAUUGAGAAGGUCUACAACCAAAAAUUAGACCAACUCAAAAGAAAUCGAAGAAAAAGAAAACUGGAUGAAGGAGAAUCAUCUAGGAGACAGAACUAAUCUAGGUUUGAGCUGCUGCCAAAAAGGGGGAAAAUAGAAUCUAGUUUAUCUUUGUUUUAUGUAUUCAGAAUCUAGUUUUUAUUUUGGCAUCAUCAAAAAGGGGGAAAUUGUUAGGCCCCUCAGACUUUUGAUGAAAUAUAGUUUUGAUGAUGCCAUCCUCCCUUGAUGUUUAAAUUCUCUAUUCGAUAUUGAAUGAUCAUUGUGUGAACUGAAGUAUGGUCCAAAAAGGAAGGAAGGUGACAAAAUUAGGAAUAUAUAAAUUGUGUCACAAAAUAAAUAUACUGGAAAUAUAAAAUGCAAUAAGGUAAAUUCCUACCUUUCCAGGAUAUUCAAAUCCAAUCAGUAUAUUUAUUUUUGGGUUACAAUUUUAUUAUUGUCACUAGUAAAAUUGUGACUAAUCUUACAUGUACAUCUUAUGUACAAAAUUAAUUUUACUGGAAAUAUAAAAUGCAAUAAGGUAAAUUCUUCUUUACCUUAAAAAGGAUAUUUAAAUCCUACCAGUACAAAUUAAUUUUGUACACAAGAACCAGAGUCACAAAUUUUACUUAAAGAGCUGUAUAAUCACGAGACACUCCAGAGUUGCCUGUGAAGACAAAAUCCCACUAGAUGGUGAAUAGUGCGCAAAAGGUCUAAAGAAUGGGUUUACAUUUCCUGCAAAGCAAGUUGCUCCAAUUGCGUCUGAAGAUAAGCUGCUCCAACAGAAGAAGACGAAAGUACAAGAAGCCUCAACGAAAUAGAUUAAAUCCUCUCAACCAACGGAGGAGAUUAAUCAACCAGAGAUGCCUAUAAAUUCGGGCAUAAGCAUGAGAAGAAAAAGAAGCUCCUGAGUUCACUAAGCAGAGAAAUCAUACUACACAAAGAAGAUAUCUAGCAAAAAGAGAAAGGGCUCAUUACAUUCUGCUCUCUGCUUAGACUCAUGCUUCACUAAACCUUCUAGAAAAGAAAUCCUCAUUGAUACACUCAGAAAGUUUAGUUUUUAGUUGGAGGCUAGAAGUUUGUUUCAUAUUAAAACUGUUGUAAACACUUCUAAGGAUAGCAUCGACUAAGUCCUUAAGUGUGGUAGAAUAGGACAGAGUACCUUUUGAUCCCCACUGGAUCAAUCGAGAAAAACCUAAAGGAUUGAGUAACUAGGAGUGGUGUGUACUCUCAGUGAAACAUCUUGAAGUCUGAGCAAGUUGGUGAUAACAGCCAGACGGUCACUAAUUGUAUUGGGCUGAAUACUUUAGUGGAAAUCCAUCUGAAAGAGGAUGGGACUGGAUGUAGGAGGAUUACACCACCUCUGAACCAGGAUACAUCUCGUGUCAAUCUUAUUUACUCUGAUUCAAGAUCAUCAGAGGACCUCACACAAGAGUCUCUGACUAAAGAUCAUCAGAGUACCUCACUCAAGAGUCUCUGAUUCAAGAUCAUCAGAGGACCUCACACAAGAGUCUCUGACUAAAGAUCAUCAGAGUACCUCACUCAAGAGUCUCUGAUUCAAGAUCAUCAGAGGACCUCACACAAGAGUCUCUGAUUCAAGAUCAUCAGAGGACCUCACCCAAGGGUCUCUGACUCAAGGUUACCAGAGGACCUCACUCAAGGAUCUCUGAUUCAAGGCCAUCAGAGGAUCUCACUGAAAGAUCUUCAAAGCAGAGUCUCCAUUCUCCUAUUCACUUCAGUCACUAAAGAUAAGUUGUCCUAAAUGCAAAUACCCCUUCCCUCUUAUCCUCUCAUAAGAAAGUUACCAUUCACAGUCAAAAAGAGGUCAUAACUUCCGCUGCGAUCCUAAAUCUCUCAAAAGAUUAUAGAUCAUCAUACCUAUGAGGGAAACUCUUUAAAAAUAGGAAAGGACUUUAAAAGUCUAUUCACCCCCCCCUCUAGACUUUUACCUCUAUCAGGGACCAUCAAGGGACUACGCUUUGUAACUGUUUACUUCAAAGCUAGUGGAACAGUGGACUAGAGGAACGCGUUGUUCCUUGAACCAUUAUAAAAACCCCGGUGUCAUUUACUUUACUGCACUUUAAUUUCUGCACUUAGGACUAAACUGAUUAACUCUAAGACUUGGAAUCUGUGUUCAGCAGAUCUUGUUUUCAGAGUUAUCAGAAAGGCACUUGCCUUUGUAUUUGGCUGAGGCUACCCGGAACUCUUAUACGCUGCAAGACCAGUUCUGAUCAUCAGAACUCGACCAUCUCUGACAAGUCAACUCUGACUUAGAGAAAAGUUGAAAAACUUGAAUCAGUCUAUUCACCCCCCCCCCCCCCCCCUCUAGACUGAUUACCAACUCAAACGGGACCAACAAGUGGUAUCAGAGCCUCCUUGUUCUUGUAAUCUUUUAGGUUACUCUUUGAACAAAGAUCCACUUAAUUCUAGCCUCUUUACUUGUUAUUAUGGAUAACUCUCUUGCAAAGCACCUCAUGUUUUCAGAUCAAAAGUAUGAUGACUGGAAGAUCCGGAUGAAAGCACACCUCUGUGCACUUCAUGAUGAAAUGUGGGAAGUUCUUGAAGAAGGACCCUUCACCAAAUUCAUGAAGGUGAAUACUGAGCAUACUACUGACAAAUCUCAACCCGAGAUGAUUGAGAAAGCCAGAUCAGAAUGGACAAAGGAAGAGAGGAGACAAUACAAUCUUGACAAUAUUGCCAAAGAUAUCCUCUACAAAGCCAUUGAUAACAGAUACUUCAACAGAAUCAAGAAGUGUCGGACUGCCAAAGAAAUAUGGGACAAACUUGAUCUCAUAGGAGCUGGUGAUGAACAAGAAAGAGACAAUAAGCUGACAAUAGCUAUGAAGAAGUUUGAUGACUUCAAACUUUUACCUGAUGAAUGCAUAGCUGAGAUGCAUGCCAGACUGCUGAUCCUUACCAGUGAAAUCUCUGAGCUUGGGAAGGAGCUCACAGUUAAAGAAGUUAAUCUGAAGAUUCUCAGAGGACUGCCCCCAGUCUGGAAGAUGAAGGUUGUUGCCGUCCAAGAGAGCAAGAACAUCAAAACCUAUCCUACAGAGAAGCUGAUCUCUGAUCUCAAAGCGUAUGAGUUUGAGAUGCAUGAUGAGAAGGAAGAAGUCCCUGAUGAGAGGACCACCACUGCUCUCACAGCCAGUACUUCUAAGGUAAACAAUUUUGACCCUUCUACCCUUUUAUCUGACGAAUAUAUGGCUGCUUUUGCCAGGAAGUUCAGAAAAUUUAUGAAGAAAGAUGGAAGGAGUCCAUCUUCCAUCAGAAGACCUCAUCAGAAGACCAAAUCUUCAGAAAGCAAUGGAGAGUACCUCUGCUGCAACUGCAGACAGCCUGGUCACUUCAAGGCUAACUGCCCUUUCCCUAGAGUGUCCAAGAAGCAAGGACAUGAAGAAGAAAAGAAACCUGAAGAUCAACACAGGAGACGAAGGGCAUUCGUCUCAGAACAAGUUGAGAGAGAUCCACUCUCUGAAUCAGAGUCCAGCUCAGAUUCUGACUCUGAUGAAGCUUUCUGCUGCUUAGAUACAGAGACCGAAGAUCUUUGUCUCAUGGCUCAAUCUGAUGAUGAGGUAUAUUCAACUGCUGAUUCUAUUUCGUCUUCGGUAGGCACAGCCUUAAAUGAUGAUCCAAUGUCAUCAUUUUGGGAAGAGUUCAAAAUUAUCCAAGAUACUUAUUCUUUGGUUAAAGAGGAGAACAGUAAACUAAAGUUAGAAAUCUCUGACUUAAGAAAAGAGACUGAGUGCAAACUUAAUCUCUUAAUUAAGGAAAGAGACAAACUGGAAGUUGAAAAUGAGUCUCUUCUAAAAAGAAUAAGAGAAAUUGAGAAUCUUGAAAUCAGAUAUGAUAGUCUUUUGAAGAUGCAAUCUUCAAUAAAGAGUAUUGAUGAUACUCAUAAUCUCACCUCUGGUCUUGGAUAUGUUGAACCCAAGUCUGAUGAACCUUCUGUAACGCCUAGCACCCAAGUUGCUAAAGCCAAAAAGGUCAUAGUUUCACAGACUUGUAGCCCCAUCUGCCAUGCUAGUACCUCUGGUACUAAGGUUGUUCAUGAGAAAGUCCCACCAGAGAACCAAAAACUAAAGGCCAAACCAAAACAAAUUUUAAAAACUAAUGAAUCUGGCAGAAAAAACUAACCACAAUAAAAGUUUUCAGAACAAUAAAAUUCCAAGGCCAAAAUCCAUCAGACAUCCUCAUGAUAACCGUAUCAGAGAUCACUAUCAGAGAGGCAAAUAUCAAGAGAAAAUUAACUAUAGACAAAAGAGGUUGUCUGGUCAACCUCAGAAGCCUAAAGUUAAGCACUCCUCUGAUCUUGAUAGUAUAUGGGACUUCUUUCCAACAAAGAAGGCUAUGCAAAAGUAUGCAAACAGAAAGCAUGAUCCUCACAAGCAUCUGCCCAAAGUGAAUCAUACAUCUGUUUACUAUGACUACCAGGUGGACAAUGGGUACCAUCCACCAAGGUUUCAGUUGAUGAGACCAAAAUGGUACCAACUACCAAGACUACAUUACCCCCCAGGACCCAACAUUGCUUGGGUACCUAAAUCUUCCUUUUAAUUUUGCAGGAACUGUGUGCUGGAGCUAUCUCAGAGCAAGAAUGGUUUAUUGAUUGUGGAUGCUCCAGGCACAUGACAGGUGACAAGAGUUGCCUAUCAGAGUUCCAGAAAUACAAUGGACCCCGAGUCACUUUUGGAGGAAAUGACAAGGAUGGUCAAACAAAGGGAAGAGGGAAGCUGAUCAAGAACCAGAUAAGCAUUGAUGAUGUCUCUUAUGUCAAAGGCCUGAAGUUCAACCUGCUGAGUGCUAGCCAAUUCUGUGACAAAGGCUACACAGUUGAAUUCACCAAGACCUUAUGAUAUGUCAAGCAUGAGACAACAAAAAAAGUGGUUCUUACAGCAAAAAGGAGAAAGAACAUCUAUGUUGUUGACUGGCAAACAGCAAAAGAUGAUACAUGUUUGAUAGUCAAAGAUAAUUCAAAGCUAAGCUGGGACUGGCACAAAAAGCUUAGCCAUCUGAAUUUCAAAACUAUCAAUAAACUAGCAAGAGAACACAUUGUAGAUGGUCUACCAGACAUAGUCUACAAGAAGGAGACCCUCUGCAGUGCUUGUCAGAAGGGCAAACAAGUGAAGACCUCAUUCAAACCCAUAGCUGGAGAUCUUUCUACUAGUCCUCUAAAUCUGAUCCACAUGGAUUUAUUUGGACCAGUUGAAACUCCCAGUGUUGGUGGAAAAAGAUAUACCCUUGUUAUGGUUGAUGAUUAUUCAAGAUAUACUUGGACUGUGUUCCUAACAAAGAAAAAUGAAACUCUUCAGAAGUUGCCAUCUCUGUUAAAGCAACUUCAGACUGAGAAGAACAUGAAGGUCAGGACAAUCAGAUCUGACAGAGGAACUGAAUUUGUCAACAAAGUGAUCAGAGACUUCUGUGAUCAGAAUGGGACAUUUCAUCAACUCUCUGCUGCCAGAACACCCCAACAAAAUGGUGUUGCAGAAAGAAGGAACAGAACACUGAAGGAAGCUGCAAGAACAAUGAUUGCUGAAUCAGGAUUGCCCAUCAGAUACUGGGCUGAAGCAAUCAACACUGCAUGCUACACUCAGAAUAGAAGCAUGAUCCACAAGAAUCAUCAGAAGACCCCCUACGAGCUGUGGAAAGGAAGAAAGCCAAACAUCAGCUACUUCCAUGUGUUUGGAUGCAAGUGCUAUAUUCUAAACAAUGGAAAAGAGAAUCUGAAAGUAUUUCAAGAAAAAGCUGAUGAAGGUGUAUUCCUAGGCUACUCAAGUUCAAGCAAAGCCUAUAGAAUACUUAACAGGAGAACUAUACAAGUUGAAGAAUCCAUUCAUGUCAAGUUUGAUGAUAGCACCUCUGCAGAAGAACUAUCAGAAACCCUGCAGAAAAUCAAUCUUGAAGAUAAGAUUUCAGAACCAUCAGAAGAGAUCACUAUCAAUCCUGUAUUCUCAACUCCUCCUGCUAAUCCAAUUCUGAUAGACAAAGAUGAAGAUGAAGUUGAAGAAUCAGAAGAUGGAUCAUCAGAGUUGCCUAGACAACAACUAUCAGAACCUGACCUAACUUGGUUAAGAGAUCAUCCUCCUGAUCAAGUGAUUGGUCAAGUUACUAGUGGAAUAAGGACCAGAUCUGCAUCUAGAAGAGAAGCCAUGUUCACCUGCUGCAUUUCUCAAAUGGAACCAAUGAAUGUAGAAGAAGCUCUAGAGGAUUCAGAUUGGAUCAAUGCAAUGCAAGAAGAGCUCACACAGUUUGAAAGGAAUCAGGUGUGGGAACUUGUUCCUAGACCAAAGCAUCAGAACGUCAUUGGAACCAAAUGGGUGUUCAAGAACAAAGCUGAUGAAGAAGGCAACAUUGUAAGGAAUAAAGCAAGGCUUGUAGCAAAGGGAUACUGUCAAGAAGAAGACAUAGAUUUUGAUGAGACCUUUGCACCUGUUGCAAGACUAGAAGCAAUCAGAAUCUUCCUUGCCUAUGCUGCCUACAAUGACAUCAAGGUCUACCAGAUGGAUGUCAAAAGUGCAUUCCUGAAUGGAGAACUAGAAGAGGAAGUUUAUGUAGAACAACCUCCAGGUUUUGUCAUUCCUACUCAAUCUUCGUGUGUCUACAAGCUCAGAAAGGCCCUUUAUGGUCUUAAGCAAGCUCCCAGAGCUUGGUAUGACACAUUGUCCCUAUUCCUAGUAAAUCAUGGGUUUACUAAAGGAAAGGUUGACAAGACUCUAUUUCAAAUUUCUGUUGCUAAUCAUAUUCUAUUAGUGCAAAUUUAUGUUGAUGAUAUUAUAUUUGGAAGCACUAUCCAGAAUUAUGCAAGAAGUUUUCUAAAGUUAUGCAGAAGAAGUUUGAGAUGAGCAUGAUGGGAGAACUCAGUUACUUUCUUGGUUUACAAGUUAAACAAGUUCCAGAAGGCAUCUUUAUCAACCAAGGGAAGUACACCAGAGACUUAAUCAAGAAGUUUAGAAUUGAUAGAAAAUCUUCAGUCAAGAUUCCCAUGAAUGCAUCUCAAGGGAUUGGACCAGAUGAUGAAGGAAAAGAUGUUGAUGCAACAACUUAUAGAGGAAUCAUUGGAUCUCUCCUCUAUCUGACUGCAAGCAGACCAGACAUAGCAUUUGCUGUAGGAAUCUGUGCCAGAUACCAAUCAAAAGCCCAAGGAAAGCCAUUUGGUUGCUGCUAAGAAGAUCAUCAGAUAUAUCAAAGGAAAUCCAAAUGCAGGACUAUGGUAUCCCAAGAGAGGUAACUUUGAACUAAUUGGUUACUCUGACUCAGAUUUUGCAGGUUGCAGAUUAGACAGGAAAAGCACCUCUGGUCACUGCCAAUUGCUAGGUGGGAGACUUGUCUCCUGGUUUAGCAAGAAGCAGAACUCCAUCUCAACAAGUAGUGCUGAAGCUGAGUAUAUUGCUGCUGGAAGCUGCUGUGCUCAAUUACUCUGGAUGAAGCAACAACUCAAGGAUUAUGGAGUGCAAGCAAAGGAGAUCAGGUUGUUGUGUGACAAUACCAGUGCCAUUGCAAUCACUCAGAAUCCUGUGCUGCAUUCAAGAACAAAGCACAUUGAGAUCAGACAUCACUUCAUCAGAGAUCAUGUGGAGAAGAAGCACAUCUCAAUUGAGCAUGUUCCAACUGAAGAUCAGCUUGCAGAUAUCCUAACCAAACCUCUCUCUGAGGCGAGGUUUAACAAGUUGAGAGAAGAACUGGGAAUGAUGGAUGAUCUUCCCAGAGAUGCUUGAAUCAGAGUUGCAGAAGCAUCAGAUGUGGAUUCAUCAGUACACCUCACCUCUGAUACCAGAACUCUUACUCAUCAGAGGACCCUGUAUCAGAAUACCCUUUCUCUGAUACCUGGAACGUCUUUUCAUCAGAGUGGCUGUGGACUUAGAAAAUCUUCUAAAAUUUGGACGAGUACACUCUAUGUUUCGGAAGUUACUUUUCUACCCCCGGUAGUUAUUUCCAUAAUCGGAAACGGCUAUCCGCACACAAUCCAUUAAAUGCGACCUCGAAACCCCAAAUUAUACCAAACGUCCACUAACCCAAAUUCAUAUAUACCCAUUCUGAAAACAUAUAACGCUACUGCAAUUUUUACUCUUCAUCUUCAAGCUUCAUCUCUCUAAAAGUUCAUACCUUCAGAUUUUCUCAAAUCUCUUCUACCUCAAAAAUGAAGUUCAUCAAAAUCACCGAUCUUUCAGAAGCUGAAGCCAAGGCGCUUGUGGCUAACAUUGCCACUGGGAUGAAGGUUGACAUGUCCUCACUACCAUUGUUGGCUGAAAACCAGAAAACAAUGAAGGCGGUCAUUGCAGGAAUGAAUGAUUCCCAGCUAACGAAGAUUGUGGCUCAUCCUUAUGAGCAGUUCAGUAUCCUUGAUGUGGCUGAAUUCUACCUCAACGCCCACAUCACCGACGACGCCAUUCAUUCUCAGGUGCAAGGGAAAAGCCCUCAACGAGUUCUUCAACAUCGAACUCGACUCACAAGAUGAAGAUACUCCCACUCUCAUCGAUCUGGAGUCAGUUGAAGUCUCUGUAGAGACAUUUGUGGACACCUACUGCCGGCCAGAUGCUACCGGAAUAGAUAAGCUCUACAUGAAGAAGAACCUGCUCAAAUGGGACUAUGAAAAACUAAUGAGCAUCAU